AUGCCAUUUGACUCAUUCUUUAUUAUGUCUAUAAAGGAGGGGGAAACCCUUAGGGCCUACUCAUAUUGUUAUUGGAAGUUAUAUAAUGAGCCUGGUGGAGAUAACGGAGGGAUUGUGGCUAGCACGUUCAAAGUGGGACUCCCUAUUGACUCCGACCUAAGAGCUUUGUUAGCCUUGAAGCUAGUCAUGGUUAUGAAUAAGUUAAUGGAGUGGGUAGAGGAAUAUAAGAGAUUAGAAAAUGACCAGUUGCAGGAUAAAGCUAAAGCUAAAGUACCUGCUAUGAAGAAGAAAGGGGUUCAGAAACCAACAUUUGAGAUAGUUAGCUCGAUAUACAAGGAACUCGUCUAUCGGAUUGCAGAGAAGAUAAAGAAUGAGCCUCAUUUUCGUUGGCCAAAAAAAAUGAGUAGGGAUGUUACAAGAAGGAACCAAAGCCUUUACUAUUCAUAUCAUCGGGACCGAAGGCACACAACCAAGGAUUGCCGAACCCUAAAGGAUCAUUUGAACCAACUCGAGAAGGUAGGGUACUUGAAAGAAUUCAUGGUACUAGAAGAUCCUUGGCCUCAAGAUCCUAAAGGAGGGAGCACCUUAAGAACUUUGGUUCCAUCAUGGGGGACCAUAAGGGUGAUAAAUGUAGCCAAGAAACGGGUUAAGACUGCACAAAUUUCAUCUUGGAUCAUGGUCGUAGCUUUAGUUUCAGAUCCAAAAGUGGGUUUGCCCACCCCUAAAAAGGGAUGGUGGGAAGAUGAAAGCAUUGGUUUUACGGGGAAGGACCUAGAAGGUACUGUUCAGCCUCACGAAGAUGCACUAGUGGUGACACUGGCUUUGAUGUUAGAAGAGUUAUGA